AUGGCGACAGCAAUGCAGGUAACGACUUGUGUUAAAUGCAAGAAAACAAAGAGCAUUGUCACAUGUAAAGGUUGUUCGAAAGAUUUUUGUCUUGAUCACAUCAAUGAACAUUAUAAUGAAUUAAGCGAACAAUUAGGUAAAACUGAAGAUCAAUUUAAUGCAUUCAAAAUUGAAAUCGACGAACAAAAAGUCGAGCCACAAAAACAUGAAUUAAUCAAACAAGUCGAUACAUGGGAACGUGAAUCGAUCGAAAAGAUUCGACAAGUGUCCAAUGAACUUCGUCAUGAGCUCUCAUCGCGUGUCAUCACAUUUGUUACCAAUCUCGAUUCAAAUUUGAAACAACUGACCGAACGACUCAUUCAUUGUCGUAAAGAAAAUGAUUUUGCUGAACCAGACAUUCAAUUUUUCAAUGAAGAACUUAAACGAUUGAAAGACAUUCUCAACAAUUCACCUGAUUUGAAAGUUGACUUGGUCAAAGGUAAUCGAGGUCAAGGAACUCGAAUCUGA